AUUGAAUAAAAUUCAUAAUUAUUAUAUUAAAAUUUUUUUAUAAAGUCUAUUAAAUAUGAAAUUCUACACCGCUUUAAUUGUGGCUAUUUAUUUAGCAAUUGAUAUCGUCAAAGCGGAUAAUGUGACCCAAUAUGGCGAGCAAAUUGUGGAUGAUGAGAUCGCACGGUACGCCCUGUCCCUAAUCCUACCGGUCGGGGACAUUAUGCGAAAAGCCGAGGCCGAGUACCUGCCCCAGGGGCUAACGGUGCCCAUCAUGUUAUACGAGGAUAUAUUCGCGUUUGUGAGGCAAAUGCUACCAUGGGUAUUUAGUCAGUUCAAAGCCAUGCCAGUGGAUACCGCGGCCAACUUCCUCGAGCACCACACCGUCGUCCAGAAGUUUAUGGGCGAAGUGAACGGUUAUAGCCAUUUGUCCAAACGGUUGGCCCUUUUAAGGAGCGGCAAACGGUUUAAGAUCACCGGAACUGAAGACAAUCUGAUCAAUAGGUUGAAGGACGAGGAGAAGACCAUAUAUGGGGCACUGGACUACAUAAAAGGAUUUUGGCAGAUGGAGUUCCCCAGACUCUACUCAGCCAUUGGCAAUUUACCUACGAGUGAGCUCAGAUCCAAAAACAUCCAGUUGCUACUGAUGGACAUGGUUCUACUUCACCAGGCACCACUAUAAACAACAUUGUUAUAAAAUCAAUAUUUGCGCUUAGCUAAUUUAAAUUUUAAAAUUUUUCAAACUAAAAUGUUCAUGUUAGGAUUUCAGUAUUUUUCUUUGUUAAAGCACCUUCAACUAUAUUAUUAAUUUUGGUAAUUUACCAUUUUUAUUACGUAUUCUAAAUUGUAUUGUUGAUCUUAC